AGUGUUUGUUUUUGAACUUGGCUGGCUGAUGUGCUACACUCGUUCAAUGAACACUGUACUCUCAUUUGGGGAAGUAAAAGUGUUGUUGGACUGUGAAGGCAGGCUUUGGGGCCCUGUACCACAGCUUGUGCACUUUCCAGAUCAGUGGGCAUGCAAAAUAUACAGUAGCACGUAACAGGAGCUUUCCUGUCGUUCUAAAACCAUUGCUUAGUCAAAUCAUAAGCAGCCUUAGUGGCAGAGUCUGACAUAUAAGAAAGCUGGUUGCUCCUUCGUAGUAAAAGAAAAAACCAAAAACUUUUGUAAUUAUCAAGUUUUAACGCUUCGUUGUUACUUCUAUCUUCUCUCUGGCUGAGCUCUUUCUGCCAGUCGAUUUAUAACUCAAAAGCGGGGCUUCAAAAGCACCUACUGCCUGAUCUGGAUACCGUGGAAGGACAGAAACAUGGUCUAUUUGUUGAUGGCCGUCUUGUUCCUCUGUGGUGCUGCGGAUGAAGUAAUACAAUCAGACUCAUACCUGCAGAAAGAAGAAGGUUCUUGUGUUACUGUCACAUGCAUCUUUAAGAGGCAUAGCAUUGAAACUGUAAUUUGGUGGAAGAAUCCAAAAUAUGAUUCAGAAACAAGGGAGUUUAAUAAAACAACAGUGUACCACGAAGAUGAAUCAAACGUGGACCCAGAAUUUAAAGGACGUGCUGAAUACCUUGGUAACAAGAAGAACAACUGUAGCUUCAAACUUAAAAAUCUGCAGCUCAGCGACAGUGGACUAUACCACGUUAGAUUGAUUGGGAAUGGGGAUUAUAAGUGGAUGAACAAACAAGGAGUGAACCUUUCAGUCACCGACAACCCCUGUAAAAUUGACAUUGAAACCCCUUCGCUCAUGACUGAUGGGAAAGAGGCUAACUUGACAUGUGCUACUAAAGGGCCUUGUGAAAAAAGUCCAGAAUGGCAGCACAUACAAGAUGAUUGGCAGCUUAGGAGACUGCAGAGCGGUGGAAUUGGACAGCCCAGAUCAGAAACACUCACAUUUACCCCUACCUGGAAGAAUCAUGCCCAGACCCUGACGUGCCAGGUCGAAGGAAGCAAAGAUGAGUGUGCGGCAAGAUCCAUUUUAUUGAACGUUCAAUAUCCUCCAAAAGAGACCACAGCCAUUUCAAGACCUGCGGAUGAUAUAAAAGAAGGAGUAGCAGUAACCCUUUCCUGUUCCUGCAAAGGAAACCCAUCAGAUAUUUUUUACACCUGGUUUAAGGUUGGACAUGGAAUAAUCUAUAACUCUGAAAAAUUUGAGUUUCAUAGCAUAAGUGUUAUGGACAGUGGGGAUUACCUCUGUGAAGCAAAAAACAAACUUGGUGCACAAAACUCAACGGUGAUUAACAUCAAUGUAAAAUACGCCCCGAAGAAUGUUCAUAUUGAAAAGAUCCCCCAAACGGGGACAGUACUAGAAAGACAUGAAGUGACAUUAACCUGCAACACAAGCGGUGGCAACCCAAAAGAAAUCUCCUUCGUGUGGCACAAAAACCAGCUGCAAACUUACACUGGACAAACUCUGAAGUUUGACAGCAUAACUCGUGAUCAGGCAGGAAUUUAUUACUGUGAGGCUACGAACAGUGCAGGAUCCACUAAAUCAGCGAAUGAAAACAUAGACGUUUGGUAUGGGCCGACAGAAACUCAAAUUGAGACGAACCCACCAGAAAAGACGAUCAAAGUGGGACAGGCAAUGGCUUUGACAUGCAUGUCAAGAUGUAACCCUCUGCCAGGCUUCUCCUGGUAUAAACACAACUCCAAGUCCAUUGACAGGCUGGAAACAACAGAAAAAGUUCUGCAGUUUCACGCAAUAACUACAAGUGAUGCCGGGGUGUACCACUGCACCGCUGAGAAUACUGUUAGUGCAGAGAAUUCUUCCAGCGUCACCUUGAACGUCAUUUAUCCUCCAACUAACCUCAGCUUAAGUAUGGAAAGUGACGUAGUGGAAGGGAACUUGGCUGUCAUACACUGCACAGUUCAGAGCAACCCAGAAUCCUACCUCAGCUUGAGCCACAGUGAUGCAAAGAGGGAACCACUGAUAGAGAGAUCCUACAACUCAAUCAAACUGACCUUCCCAAGCCUGAGCAGUGAGGAUUUCGGGCUCUAUACAUGUAGAGCCAUGAACUCAGAGGGACAAAUGACAGCAGAAGGGAAACUGAAUGUAAAAUAUGCUCCAAAAGACAUACGAGUACUGACUCCUUCUGGGGAAAUUAUGGAAGAAAACACGGUAUCCCUGAACUGUGAAAACCGUGCAAACCCACCAGUCAGCCAGUACGCCUGGUUUAAAGUGACCGGAGAUGCAGUACACAAAGUGGGAUCCCAGAGGGCGCUGCAGUUCACGUCCAUUUCAUAUAAAGACCAGGGAGAGUACUUCUGCAAUGCAAGGAAUGUGAUAGGGGAAGGAAACUCGUCUGUUAUCAGUCUGACAUUAAAAUUUCCUCCUAAAAACACCCGAGUUUUGCACAACAUCAGUGCUGCUGGUGUAACAGAAGGAGACACGGUCCUCCUGGUGUGUAGUUGCCUUAGCAACCCCCCUGUUGAAAUCUUCAACUGGUACAGAGAUGCAGGAAACAACAGGGAGACCCCCGUUUCCUCCUUCCAGAACCUCAUCAUCAGUGACAUCACCAAAGCCGAUGAGGGCCUGUACUACUGUGUUGCGAAGAACGCCCUCUCCAGUCAAAUGUCUGAGAAAAUUACAAUACUGGUUUCUUACAGCCUGGCUGUGAAGGCAGCCAUUUCAGCCGCGGUUCUUGUUGCUGCGCUAUCAAUCUUUCUGGCGAUCGUUUUCAUCUGCAGAUGGAAGCAAAGAAAAAACACUCCAGGGAGCCAGGAUGGAGAAGAUACCUGUUUUAAACUGAUAAACCACAUGGGCACCAGGAAUGACACCCGUGAAAAUCUUGUGAUGGACUGGGUGAGCGACCCGCAGCGCAGCAGAGAAGACCUGUCAGACGGCAUCCACAAUCCAGAGUCCCUCGAUUACAUCUUGUCACGUCAAGGAAGAUCUCGCAAUCAGCAGCCACCAGGUGAAGCUGAGGUCGUGUACAGCACCGUGGUCAAGCCUGCCCCUGAACAAAAGGGCAGAGGUACUGAAAACCCACAAUGGGCCACAAGAAAUAACUACCAGGACCGAGAAACUGUUAAUUAUGCAUCCCUGCAAUUCCAAGGGACAUCAGGACAACAGAAAGGGUCGGCAGGUAAAGAAAGAGUCACAGAGAAGAAGGCUGUGUCUGAUAUCUACAGCACGGUAUGCAAGCGGGGCAAGCCCACAGAGCAAGAGAAAGGGGAUUAUGAAAAUUUCAAGAUCCCCUCUGGUGCCUGCAAACAGAAAGAUGAGGAAGAGGACAGCGAGGAACUGAAUUACUCCACCAUUGUGAUCCCCCCGAGAGUGAAUAAGUGGGAGUCUGAGUCCGAUGAGGAAGAUGAGGAAGAGCGCACUCAGUACACGCAAAUAAAACUGUGACGAGAGAUCUGUUACGAGCAGAGCUGUGCAAAACGCUCCAGUAUUAGUUACCCUUGGAUCGAAUGGGAUAGCUACUUCUAUAACCCUGUAACCCACUGUCUGCAUAGUUGUACCAUGUUACAUUUUCUAGCUAUCUGUUUGGCAUGUAUGUUUUAGCAGGGCAGCUUCUCAAGCCCUGUGGAGUUUACACAAAAAAUGUCUCAAAAAGGAAUUACUAAAAAAAGAAGGGGAUAUCUCGCUAACCACAGCCUGAGGUUGAAUUACUAACACAUACUUCCCACUGGAAACAUGCAACUUGUGCAGUUUCAGUUGGAUUUUCUUAUAUUAUUUUUUUAUGCAAAUUAAUUGAAAAGUCAGAGCUAUGUCACUGUUGUUUCUAUAGCGGCUUUGAGGAAAAAAAGCAUACCAAAGAAGGUUAUUGCCUACCUUUAAGUAGGCAAUAUUAGCUGUUUUAACAUACUUUUUAUAUUUCUGUAUGUCUGUAUUUUCUAGGUAAUCUUUAGUCAUAUUGUAGUUGCAUGAAGGUCAAAUAUGGAAACUACUAAC